UGCGGGCUCGGGGACAGGUUUCUGCGGCAGUAAAGUGUUGGCUUGACCAGUACUAAAUACCCCAAGGCUUUUGGCCCGCAAGGAAAUGACCGGGACAGCUCGAGUGAAGCUUUUCGUUUCAGUUGUUCGUGAUCCUUAAUAUUCAUAAUUAUGGUCACCUGACUUGGGAAUGGGCAAAUAGCUUAAGGGGCUACUCGUAUCCACUGAUCUUUGCCAGCAUCUACAAAGCGUUACAGCUGCUGGGCAAGGAUGAUGUUCAGCUGCUGGCUUGCUCAGGCAGUGCUGGCUGCUUUUGCUGAUGUGAAGCUUUACUCCUUAGUGCAACACCUUGAAAAUGCAGAAACAGCAAAGUGCGUGUUCUUCUGCCAGCUGUGUUCCUGGUUUACAUGGUAUUCCUGUACCAGAACUCUCACAAACACCAUGGAAACUAUUCUUACCAUUUUUGCUCUUUCAUACUAUCCGAUAAAAGGUUCCAAGAUGGGUAACAGUUGCAAAUAUUUAGCUUUGGUAGCACUUGCAAUUGUUAUUCGUCCAACUGCUGUUAUCCUGUGGAUGCCUUUGGUCUUCAGCCAUUUUUUGCAAGAACAGAGGAAAGCAGACCUUAUCCUACAAAACUGCAUUCCAGUUGGAUUGGUCACAGUAGGAACCUCUUUAAUAAUUGAUCGUGUGUUUUUUGGUGAGUGGGUACUGGUUCAGCUGAACUUCUUGAAAUUCAACGUGCUGCAGAAUUUGGGAACAUUUUAUGGAUCUCACCCUUGGCACUGGUACUUCACUCAGGGACUCCCAGUCAUCCUGGGUGCCCACCUGCCUUUCUUUAUUCAUGGCUGUGUGCUGGCACCAAAACGAUACCGCAUCUUCCUCGUGGCUGUGAUCUGGACACUGGUGGUGUACAGCACACUGAGCCACAAGGAGUUCAGGUUCAUCUAUCCAGUACUGCCAUUCUGCAUGUUUUUUUGUGGAUAUUCUUUGAAACACCUGAAAGCAUGGAAGAAAUCUGCAGCAAGUUUCCUGCUCUUAUCCAAUCUCCUCCCAGCCCUGUAUACAGGCUUGAUUCACCAGCGAGGCGCUCUGGAUGUUAUGAGUCACAUACAGCAGCUCUGUCACAACUCAGACCAGUCACAAGCCUUUGUCUUCAUCAUGAUGCCAUGCCACUCUACUCCAUUUUACAGUCAUGUUCACUGUCCUCUAAAAAUGAGAUUCCUUCAGUGUCCCCCAGACCUAACGGGCAGUGAGAACUACACUGAUGAAGCAGAUGUGUUUUACUCUGAUCCACUUGGCUGGCUCAAUAAGGAGUUUUACAAUGACACAUUAUUACCCAGUCACUUGAUCCUCUUCAAUGUGCUAGAACAGGAAGUAACACCAUUUCUAGCUUCGAGGGGCUAUGAGAAAACAGCCACUGUCUUUCAUACUCAUGUGCCUCAAGGACGAGUUGGAAGCCACAUCUCUGUUUACAGGAGAAAAGCUGAAAUACCUGAAGAGUUUCUAGAACUGAGAGCUAAUGAGAUCAGUUUUGCACAGCGAUAACUAUGCCUAGAAGAUCUCAUACUGCAGAAAGGAGAGAGUAGUGAGUCUGAAACUGGGUAAGUUGAAUGGGAAUUGUUAGGCAGCCACUGGCUGUCUGGAAACACAGAA